GCCGAACGCUCGCUAAGGCAACUCAAGUACCGAGAUCAGGUUGCUGUCGAGGGCUUGGCUUGCGGGGCAAAAAAUCGAUCUGUCAGGGCUCCCCCACUCUCCAUUGAUCUUCAUCCUCCUCACCGCCUCUGCUAUGCUGUCGUUCCAUCUGCUCGCAACAACUGUCGCUCUUUUACCUGCCUUUGUUUUCUCCGCCACUCCGCAACAGCUCCAAGUAUCAAUACCCAAGACAUUGGGCAACAAUGUUGUGCACCCGAAUUUCUUGGGCCUGAGCAUCGAGCUCAGCUUCAUCAACUUGUAUUUCGGCAACGACACCUCGUCCAUCCCUCAGCCCAUUCGCAAUUACCUCUCAGCCAUAAAGGUCCGAACAGGAUCGUCACUUCCGGUUCGGAUACGCUUGGGGGGCAAUUCCAUGGAUUCGUCGACCUACGUGCCAGAUCAAUCGACCAUGCUUGUGUUCACGGACCCCACUGCGAAUUUCAACGACCAACCCGUGAACUUCGGACCUGUGCUUUACGAUGUCAUGAAGCAAGUCAGCGAUGACGUGGACGGUAUCUCUUACGUGGUCGGCCUUAGCUUGCUUGAGUCGAACGACUCACGCGCCCCCAAUGUUCCGGUCAUGGCAGGGGCAGCGGUGCAGAUACUCGGCGACCGCAUUGACUCCUUCCUUCUCGGCAACGAACCUGAUUUGUACACCGGCCACCGAAAACGACCGAACUUAGCUAACUACACUGUGCAAGAUUACAUGGGGGAAUUCCAAGCGUCGUCCAAUCUGCUGAAGAAUACAUCAGGCGGCAAUGUCGUUUCCCUUGACAAUAUCGGUGGCCCUACCAUCUGCUGUGCUUGGGACCUCGCGACUCUGAUAGAGCAGGGCUGGCUCCAACAAUUCACCGGGGAGCUGAAAUACGUCAGCCUCCAGCACUAUCCGCAGAACAACUGCUUCGGUAGUUACCAGUAUCAGCUCGAUUACUACCUCAAGCAUUCCGAAGUGGUUACAUUAGCCCAGUGGAACGGCCAAGGCAUCGGCAUGGCCAACACGAACGGGAAGCAGGUCAUGAUGUCCGAGUUUAACAGCGCCUCCUGCGGUGGCAUUCCCGGCAUUUCGGACACCUUCGGAGCUGCCCUCUGGACUGUGGAUUAUGCCCUGCAGAUGGCUCUCCAAGGCUUCAGCGUAGCCUAUAUCCAUAGCCGCGAGGCUGGGAUUUCUUACAACCUAUUUGAUCCUCCUAUGCCUGCCGGCGGCCCGGGUGCCUGGAAUACGAACCCGGGCUGGUACGCUCUGCUCGCUGUUCCGGAGAUUUUGCAGAGUCCCAACGGGACGAAGGUCGUCGAUCUGGAUCUCGCGAACUCAACGUUGGAUGCUACGGCCACUGUUGCAGGAUACGCCGCGAUGGACGCUAAUACUUCCAACGUCCAUCGUCUGGCCAUCUUUAACUACGCCAACGACUCGAGCGUGGAACAAAUCAACCUCCCCGCUGGUAUUUUUGCGCAUGCCCCGUCACCCGCGAACAUCACCGUCAAGUACCUGGCCGCGCCCAACGCCAAUGAGAAGUGGAAUAUCUCUUGGGAUGGGCUCACUUACAACGGAGUGGGAGAUGGCGAGGCUGUUCCAGGGCUCUCCGUUGCUUCCAACUCCGCAACGACGCAGUUGGAUUGCUCUCAAGGCUGCACCGUCCAAGUUCACGGGCCGGGCCUUGCCGUCGUCUACGUUGGCGAUUCCGUUGUCCUCAAUCAGGCUUCGAAUGGAACAUCGUCGGGGACGAGCCAAGGCAGCGACAAGAAGAGCAGCGCUCUCGGCUUGUUUGACAUUUCGUCUCGUUGGAUUAUGCUGGCUGUUGUGUGUUCCGUGUUUGUGCUCCUGUAGGGAUCUACCUUCUCUCUGCCCCUGACUGUGGAAAGUUUUCUUGCGGCUGUGGCCUUAUUUCGUUGUACUAGACUUCAGGCGUUGCAUCAUAUGCGGGCGGGACAACGAUGCCAGACUUUACCGUGAUUUGCGUUGCCAGUACUUACCACAUAAUUCCUGUGUACUGUACGUACUGGUUCGUUCUGGUUGAGACGGCGAUACGCAUGUUCACAUCCAACGCCCGGGAGCUUCUGUUGUACCUUUUCC